AUGGCUAAAGAAAUAACUCAACAAAUAUCUCUUUUACAUAAGGUAAUUCAUCAAUUGAAUAUUCGACAAUCGGAUUACACUUCUGAAGUGACCAAAGAGUAUGGCUAUUUGAAAUUUGAUGAAAAUGAAUUUGAUUCAACUACUCGUCUUUCACAAUAUAUUCGAUUGGCAUUACAAACUAAUGCUAAAGCAGUUGUCGAGUUUUUACAACAUGGAUGGUGUUUACCAACGCCUGAUUUAAUUAUUUCUGUCAUAGGUGGAGGUAAACAAUGUAAUAUAUCAGCACAUCUUAGAAAAAUAUUCCAACGUGGUCUAGUUGCUGCUGCUGCUACAACAAAUGCAUGGUUAAUUACAUCUGGAACAAAUGUAGGCAUAGCUAAAGAAGUAGGUGAAGCUCUUAGUAAUUAUCGUUACAAAAAUCGAAAACAUGGUCUUGAUGUUCCAUGUAUUGGAAUUUGUACUUGGGAUUAUACAGCUGGUAAUCAACAACUUCAAUGUCAGCAUAUAGAAACUCCUAGUCCUGAUGAUACUAAUAUGAAUAGAACAAUAGAUUUAUUAAAACAUAAACGUCGUUCACGAACUGAAUCAAUUCAAAUGGAUAUGGUAGAAGACAAAUAUAUUCGAUCUUAUGCUGUUAAACAUUUAGAUGGUAAACAUUAUGAUUUAGAACCAAAUCAUACACAUUUUUUAUUAUUCGAUGGUAAUUCGUCUAAUGUUGAUACUGUUCUUGUACAAAGAGCUCAAAUUGAGAAAUAUUUACGACGAAUGGAUAUGCAAACAUCAAUAGGGAAUAUAUUAAUUCCUACUGUUAUGAUUCUAGCUGAAGGUGGACCAUUUUCUAUUCAAACUAUUUGCGAAGCACUUCAAUCAAAUACUCCGUUAGUCGUUGUGAAGGGAUCUGGCAGAGCUGCGGAUCUUGUGGCUGAUUUACAUUUAUUUUUUUCUCAAAUUGAAACUAAUAAAUAUGAAGUUAAACAAAUAUAUCGAACACGAUUAUCAUCGUCGAAUGAAGAUGAUUUAAAUUCAGUAUUUGAAAAAAAUAAAAGUAAUAAAAAUAAAUGGAUCGACGAUGUGAAAGAUAAUUUGUGUCAAGUUUUAUAUGAAAGGAUGCAAUUAGUAGUCAUUUUUGAGUUUGAUAGUCAUCGGCAUCAUGGAAAUUUAGAAGAAGCUAUUCUUGAAGCUCUUAUUAAUGCGGCAAAAUUUUCUGGUGACAAUCAAGAUGAGCACCAGUCUCGAGUAGCUGAACUGAAAUUAGCCAUGGCAUGGCAAAAAUUUGAUUAUGCACAAAAACAUAUUCUCACUGAUGCAACAAUAACUGAAUGGAAAGAAAGUGAUCUUUGUCAAGCUCUUAUCGAUGCUCUUCGUCGAGAUUAUGUUGACUUUGUUGAAUUACUCAUGGAUUAUGGGUCACCAUUAGAAAAAUUAACUUUAAAUAAUCUUGAACAACUCUAUACAUCAUCAAAUAUCGACAAUGGCUUACCAAUAGAAAAUAAAGAUAAACAUUUAUCAAUAAGAAAUAAUUAUUAUUCAUGUUAUUUUCCUAAUCAAUUUCAAACAAAUGGAAUAAUAUUGAAUAAAAAUCAACCAUUAGGACAAAAUGCUAGACGAGAAUUUUUUCUUUGGGCUAUUUUUCUUGAUCGAUAUGAACUUGCUAGAUAUCUUUGCUCAAAAACUUGGAAUCAAUCUGUUGCUUCAUUAAUUGCAGCACAAAUCUAUCGACAAGCAAUAACAAUGGCACUUCAUUCAGAAACAAAAGAACAUUAUGAAAAUAAUGCAAGUCAAUUUGAUAGAGAUGCAUUAUUUAUCAUUGAUCGAUGUUUCGAUCAUGAUGAAUAUUUUGCUGUUGAUCUUUUAAAACAACCUGCUGUUGCAUUUGAUAAUGUUCAACCACUUAAACUAGCUGAACAAGCCAGAUGUCGAGCAUUUCUUGCAUCAAAAUGUGUACAAAAAUAUCUUGAUGAAAAAUGGUAUGGUCAUAUCAAUUAUAAACGACCAGCUAUUAAUCUUCAAAUUUUUUUCUGUUCAUUAUUUAUUCCGCUGAUUCCUAUUUUCUGUAUAUUUCUACCAUAUGUUCAUGAACAUCCACAAAUUAUUCGAAAUAAUAAAAAUCGUUCGAAGAGUAGAAAUCCUAUUAUUAUUCGAACUGUUUUAACAUCUGAUCGAGAUCCAACUGAUGAACCUAUUCAAUGGUCAAAAAAAUUAAUCUAUUUUUACCAAGCACCGAUAGUUCGAUUUUUUUAUAAUGUAAUAUUUCUUGUUUUAUUUCUUGGUCUAUUCAGUUCUGUUCUGCUUAUUGAUUUUUUACCAUUAAAUAUUCAUUAUGGCCAACAAUCAAAUACUAAAAAUCUUCCAUUACCAAUCACAGAAAUUAUUUUACAUGUUUGUGUAUGGACUUUAAUUAUGGAAGAAUUACGUCUAUUUAUUCUAAUGGAAUAUCAUAAAUAUAUUUCUGAUAUGUGGAAUUUAAUUAAUGUCGCUGCCAUUAUUCUAUAUUUAAUUGCAUUUAUUACACGAUUUAUUCCAAAUGAAACAUUUUUUAUUAUUUCAAAAAUAUUUCUAAAUCUUGAUUUAAUUGUCUGGUUUGUUGGCACUCUUCAUUUAUUUGCUGCUUUCGAACGACUUGGGCCUAAACUAGUGAUGAUUUUCAAUACUAUGAAAGAUCUUUUCUUUUUUGUUUGUUUUAUUCUUAUAUUUUUAUGUGGUUUCUCAAUAACAUCAUGGUCACUAAUUACUUCAGCAUCACAAGUUCAUUGGAUUUAUAGUGAUGAUGGACAAUUAGUCAAUGUUACAGUAGCAAUUGAUAGGAAUAAUUCAUGGACAUGGAAAUUGAUUAGAGAUAUAACUCAUUAUGGUGUUUGGAAAGUUUUUGGACAAGUCGAUCCUAUCGAUGGUACCGACUCAUAUUCAAAUAUGGCUUUUAUUUUGGCUAUUGUUUUUGUUGCCAUUGCUAAUAUUCUUCUUCUUAAUGUUCUUGUUGCUUUAUUUAAUGUUACUGUUCAAAAUGUUCAAGAACAAUCUCAUGAUUUAUGGCGUUAUCAACGUUUUUUAAUUGUUAAUGAAUAUAGUAGAAAAACUCUCUUACCACCACCAUUCAAUAUUCUUUAUUACAUAUUUAUUAUUAUUCAAUAUUUUCUUACUCGUUUUCGAUUAUACCAAAGUCAGCGUAGAUUCACUGCUAAUGAAAGGUUAUUGGAAGAUAUUAAAACUAUGAAUAGUAAUAAUCCACAACAAUUCAAAAUAAGUGAUUCAAUCCGACGUGAAAGUGCUAUUGCUGAAGAUUAUUGGCAAUCUAUAUUUAAACACAAGAAACAUGAUCAGACAGAGAUCAUUCUACAGAAUAUUGAACAAAAGUAA